AUGCCUCGGGGUCAGAAGAGUAAGCUCCGGGCCCGUGAGAGACGCCGACAGGCCCGAGAAGGUUCACAGGAUCUGGUAAGUGCUCAAGCCACUGCUCAGUUGCACUCCUCUUCCUCCCCUCAUUUGGAAGACAUUCCUUUAGAGCUCACUAGCUGAAUCAUUUGCAAUCCCCAGGGUCCUCGGACAGCCACAUUCACCGCCACUACUGCUGCAGCUGUGUCAUACAUGAGAUCAAAUGAAGGCACCAAUGAAGUACAGGGAAGGCCAAGAUCCUCCCAGAAUCCAACAGCCACUGAGCCCUUCCAUAGAAGCCCUCUGGGGGAGAAGGUGUUUAUAUUGGUAUACUACCUGCUAUAUAAGUAUCAAACCAAAGAGCCCAUUACCAAGGCAGAUAUGCUUAGAAAUGUAAUUCAGAUCUAUAGGAAUUACUUCCAUGUGAUCCUCAGGAAAGCCUCUGAUCACUUAGAGCUGGUCUUUGGCCUCGACAUGAAGGAGGUGGAUCCCAAUAGGCACAUCUAUGUGCUCGUCAACAAACUGGAACCAAGCUAUGAUGGGAGGCUGAGUAAUGAGAGUAGUGUGCCUGAGACCGGUCUGCUGAUGACCGUUCUGGGCGUGAUCUUCACAAAGGGCAACUGUGCCACUGAGGAGCAAGUCUGGGAGGUGCUGAAUAUGAUGGGGUUAUAUCCUGGGAGGAAGCACUUCAUCUAUGGGGAGCCCAGGAAGCUCAUCACCAGAGAUUUGGUGAAAGAAAAUUACCUGGAGUAUAGGCAGGUGGUCAACAGUGAUCCUCCACGCUUUGAGUUCCUGUGGGGUCCCAGAGCCCACGCUGAGACCAGCAAGAUGAGAGUUCUUGAGUUUUUGGCCAAGAUCCAUGAUACCAUCCCCUCUGCCUUUCCAUCCUAUUAUGAAGAGGCUUUGAGGGAUGAGGAAGAACGAGCCCAAGCCAGAGCUGCAGCCAAGGCUCUUAUUGCUGCCAGGGCUAAUGCACGCUCCAAGGCCAUGGCCAGUGCCCGUUCCAGGGCCAUGGCUAGCAGCUCCUCCCACCCCUAG